CCUCCCCUGCCCCCACCCUUGGGGCCUUCCGCGCAAGGGUGGCCUGCAUUCCCCAGGGGGCUGGGGCUGGGGCUCCCCGGCAUCCUAACUCAUCCGCACCAGCCCUGCCAGUGAGUCAGAUGGAAGGAAGGCGAAGGGGGGCCUUGACCCUGGGCUGGGCUUCCCCGGGGCACGUCCCAAGUCCUCGCCUCCCCUCAAGUCUCCCAGGACGUCGCCACCCCAGCUGCUGAGAGCAGAGCUGGCUGUAGUCAUGACCCCGCCGCUUCUCCUGGCCCUUGUGCUCUGGGCCAGCUGCCCACCCUGCAGUGGAAGGGAAGGGCCCCCAGCAGCUCCGACCUUACCCCAGGUGCAAUGCCGAGCCCCUCGGUACCCGAUUGCUGUGGAUUGCUCCUGGACCCUGCCACCUGCUCCAAACUCCACCAGGCCCGUGUCAUUCAUUGCCACAUACAGGCUUGGCAUGGCUGCCCGGGGCCACAGCCGGCCCUGCCUGCAGCGGACGCCAGAGGCCACCAGCUGCACCAUUGCAGAUGUCCAGCUGUUCUCCACAGCGCCCUACGUGCUGAAUGUCACUGCUGUCCACCCCUGGGGCUCCUGCAGCAGCUUCGUGCCUUUCAUAGCAGAGCACAUCAUCAAGCCUGACCCUCCAGAAGGCGUGCACCUGAGUCCCCUGGCUGGGCGCCGGCUACAGGUGCAGUGGGAGCCGCCCCCGUCCUGGCCCUUCCCAGAGAUCUUCUCACUCAAGUACUGGAUCCGUUACAAGCGUCAGGGAGCUGCCCGCUUCCACCAGGUGGGGCCCAUUGAAGCCACGUCCUUCAUCCUCAGGGCUGUGCGGCCCCAAGCCAGGUACUACAUCCAAGUGGCAGCUCAGGACCUCACAGACUACGGGGAAUUGAGUGACUGGAGCCUCCCUGCCACUACCCCGAUGACCCCUGGCAAGCAGUGAGGGCUUCCUGCUGCCCCCAGACAGGACCCAGGGUCCUCGACACCCUACGCCCCAGGACACCUGUUCUGAGGGUGGGUGGGGUCUGCCCAGCCUGGGUUGGCAUCCUUGCCUUGCUCCUUCUGAGCUGCUGGGCAACCUCAGAUGACCGACUUUACCCUCUGAGCCUCCGUUUCUCUAGCUGGGAAACGGGGAUAUACUCUCUCCUUUACCACUGUGUGGGGCUUACUGAACUGUGACUGUGAGAUAUGUUUUAUUGUUUAAAUAGAAAAUAAUUUGUGGUUGGGCUGGGUGCAGUGCACCUGUGAUCCCAGUUACUGGGAAGUCAAGGUGGGAGGAUGGCUUGAGGUCAGGGGCUCAAGGCCAGCCCAGGCCACAUAGUGAGCCCCGUCUCUAAAAAAUUAAUGUGAAAUAAAUUAGCCAUGUGUGA